AUGUUCAUUGGUUCCAUGGGACGCCUUGAGCAUCUCUCUCUCUCAGACGCUGGUUUUAGCGGAAACAUUCCCAUCAGUCUCGGAAAUCUUAAAAGCCUACAAUUUCUUGAUCUCAGCUUCAAUUACGAUUUUAGCCCCUCAUUACAAUUGAACGGGGACACCACUUGGAUAUCUAAACUUCAUUCACUCAAUCACCUUGACUUGACUUCUGUUCACAUCAAGGACACACACAACUUAUUCCAGGUACUCAAUUUACUCCCAUCCUUGUUGCAUCUUUCCUUAGAUGAUUGUGAACUUGACAAUUCACUCAUUCCUCCUCAUGCUUUCCAAAACAUGACAUCUCUUGUCUAUCUAGAUCUCUCAAUUAAUAUGCUUUCUAGUCCAAUUCUCGAGUCUUUUCAAAACAUGACUUCCAUUGAAUCACUCUAUCUUUCUGGAAACAAUUUCACAUUAGUUCCAUCAUGGUUUUGCAACUUUGAAAAACUUACUCAUCUUGAUCUUUCUCGCAAUAGUUUAACUUCCAUUCCAUCAAGGUUUGUUGAUUUGAAGAGACUUGUGUACCUUGAUCUUAGUUUGAAUCAACUCGCACUAAAAGAUUACUUUCUAUCAUCAAUCAUAAAUUCCAUGUGCCGCCUAAAAUUUUUGAUUUUAUCAAUAAACAAGCUUUAUAUAGAAUCAAUGGAACACUUUGAAAUAUCUAAAUGUAUUAGAUAUGAUUUGGAGUACUUGGAUUUAGGUUAUAAUCAUAUCAGUGGCCACCUGCCAACUUGGUUGGAGAAACUUGAAAAUCUAAAAUAUCUUGUUUUUACUUCAAAUUAUCUCCAUGGACCUAUCCCUUUGUCAAUAGAAAAGUUGUCAAAAUUGCAUGGGCUACAUCUCUCCAAUAAUAUAUUUGAAGGGCUCAUUCCUGAAAGUAUAGGUCAACUUGUCAAUUUAACCAACUUACAUCUUUCUUCUAAUAAAUUUUAUGGUUCAAUUCCUCAAAAUCUAUGGAAACUUACAAAUCUACGUUCUCUUGAUCUUUCAAACAAUUCUUUUAAUGGGGGCAUUCGGGAAAGUCUUUGCCAACUUGUCACUUUAUAUGUCUUAGACAUUUCUUCUAAUAAAUUAGAUGGUUCUAUUCCAGAAAUCCUAGGAAAACUUACAAAUUUAGAGUAUCUUGACCUUUCAAACAAUAAUUUUAAUAGGUUUGUUCUUAAAAGUCUUUGUCAACUUGUUAACUUAUUUCAUUUAGAUGUUUCUUCAAAUAUGUUGGAUGGAACAAUAUCUAUGGAAAAAGGAUGUCUUCUAAAUUUGUGGCUUUUGAAUCUUUCUCAUAAUCAAAUAAGUGGUUCACUUCCAAAAAAUAUUAGUCUUAUAUCAUUGUCUUUUUCAGAGGGCUUGUUUUUAGGAAAUAACCACUUAAAUGGUUCAAUCCCCAUCUCUUUGUGCCAAAUUCCACUUAGCAGCCUUGACCUUUCAAAGAAUAACUUGUCGGGUGAAAUUCCAAAUUGUUGGGAGGAUAGUCUAGAAAUAUUGUCUGAGAUAAACUUGUCAUCUAACAAACUAACCGGAGCAUUCCCAAACUCAUUUGGGAAUCUUCCCGCACUGCUUUGGUUGCAUUUGAACAAUAAUAAUCUUCAAGGAGAGCUUCCAACAUCUUUUAGAAAUUUGAAACAAUUGUUGAUUUUGGAUCUUGGUGAGAAUCAGUUUUCUGGAAGUAUACCAUCAUCAUGGACAAUAGACACAUUUUCUCUAGUGCAAAUUAUUAGAUUGCGGCAAAACAUGUUGAAUGGCAGCAUUCCUACGCAGUUAUGUCAACUCAAGUCCCUCAAAAUUUUGGACCUUUCUAGAAACAAAUUACAUGGCUCGAUACCUCGAUGCAUAGGCCACCUUCAAGGAAUGAUAUUAACACCAUUGGCUCCAGCAAGGUCUCCAAUACCAUUUGAAAGAGUUACUUCUGAAGGAUGGUCUAGUCAAGACGCCAUGGAAGUGGUGAAAGGAGUGGAACUUAACUAUACUAAAAUCUUGAAGCUUGUAGUUCACAUGGACUUGUCAGAAAAUAAUUUGGUUGGAGUCAUUCCUGAUGAAAUCACUUUUCUCACAGGUCUUCAUGGUUUGAGCUUGUCAAAAAAUCAAUUGACAGGAGAGAUCCCUCAAUUGAUAGGAGACAUGAAAUCACUAGAAUCCUUGGACAUGUCUCAUAACCAACUUUCAGGAAAAAUUUCCAACACCAUGUCUGCUUUAACUUCAUUGAGUCAUUUAAACUUGUCUCACAAUAAUCUCUCAGGACCAAUUCCUAAAGAUAAUUAG